CCUCCCGCUCUGAGUCUGAUGAGCCAGCUCCUCUUUGGCUCAGUGUUUAAGUAAUUAUCUGAUUCUUUUUGCUGAGCUCUGCCAGUGGCUGCGCUGCGUUUCCAUGCUUUAUAGAGAUGAGCCCCAUUCAGCCGUGCAAGCUUUGCAGAUUGUUCUCCAGCUCUGCAGGACGAGGACCUACAGAGGAUUCAGCAACAAGUUGCUGUUCCAGGAAGAAAAGCAAUGCUGACUGUUCUGGUUCUGGGAUGGACUACAUUACUUGGGUUCCCAUCUGCAGCAUCCAGAGUUCCUUUGAACAGAGGCAGCAAGUGGUUGGCUCGGAAAUGUGAAGUCUUCAUCCCUCCUCCUCUACCUCCUCCUAUGUUUCCUCCAAUCAAACAUAAAGCAGAGCUGAUGGUUGAUAUCACCAAACGCAUCACAGGACCCACAGGGGAGAAGGGCUGCAGGGGGCCAAGAGGAGCGAGGGGUAAGCCUGGUGUGACGGGUCUGCCAGGAGAACCAGGACCACAAGGUCCACUAGGAAAGCCAGGCCAAAAGGGAGAAAAGGGCGAGAGAGGCUGGAGAGGUUUGUAUGGAGACAUCGGGACUCCAGGCAUGAUGAAGGGUAUUAAAGGGACUCCAGGAUUCAGGGGAGAAAAUGGCCUGAAAGGACACCGAGGCCUCAGAGGAGAGAAGGGCGAGCGAGGAAUCCCUGGGAUGGCAGGAGACGGGGGAGACCAGGGACAGAAGGGGGAGCGAGGUCUGAUGGGGGAGCCGGGAGCCAGAGGAGAGCCGGGAGCCAGAGGAAAGAUGGGGUUAAAAGGUUCUAAUGGAGCCGUAGGGGAACCUGGACAUCCUGGAUUGGCAGGACUGCCAGGCGUCCCUGGAGAGCCGGGUCUACCUGGACAAGUGUACGUCCUGCCAGGCCUGCAGGGAGACUCGGGCAGCAGAGGACCCUCAGCCCCCUGCUCCUGCCCCCAGGUUCAGCCUUCCCAGAGACAGAUGGAUAACGUCCUGACGGUGUUUGUCGCAGACAGGGAGAAAGAGAUGAGAUGGCUGAGGGCGGAGAAUGUGAUGGUGCUGCGGACGGACAGAAGAGCGCUCUACAUCUACACUGAUUCUCAGUGGAUGAACGUUCUGGAGGGCCGCAGACCAAGCACCAACAUUUAACUCUGGGUGAUCCUUCCUUCUGCUCCUCUAAUGCAAGAUUUUACUAAUUAAAGAUUUACCUGAAUCCAGACUGAGAAUUUCUGCAUGCCUGGCAUUUUUAAUAGCUUUUUUGUUUGUUUUAACUUUUUGGAAUGUUAAAACUGCUGCACCGUGUAUGUAAAACAUGACUGUAAACACUGAGCUCAUGCAAUAAAAAUCCCAUCACUGUUAAAA